AUGGACGAUAGUUUCGAAUCGCCGCCUGCGAAGCGGCAGAGACUGGCAUACCACCAUAAGCACCACAUACAACAUAGGCAGGCUGGGAUCCCUGAGGAAGGAGCGCUUUUACCACAAGAUUUGCUGGACAAGCUCGUGAUCACGAGCAUCAAGGCUAUCUGCGAAGAAGAGGCACGGAAGCAAGAUAUUGAUCAACCAGUCAUCGAGUCUGUGGCACUAGAAGCACUACGGAAUGCGACCGACGAGUUCGCUCACGCCCUACUGUCAAAAGUCCAACGCUUUAUGCUUGCAGCUAGACGGACAGUUCCUGUAGCUGUAGACUUUGACGCCGCAUUCUAUGCGCUCAAUGUGCCAGUUCCCGAAGACCAAUUGGAGAAGUACCCGUCUACGGUCGAGAUAAAUCGUCCUUUGCUUCCUACUCCUCCUCCUGACGAUGAGUUUCACCACUCCUUCGAAUUGCCGGAGCAUCUCUUAGGUCCUGAGCUUAGCAGGCAGCAGGACCUACGAAAAUUUAGCUUCAAUACCAAAGCGCUACCCCCAGUCCCUUCAGCUCACACAUAUCGAGACACCGCCGUUUUCGAUAAAAGGGAGACAGAUCCGAAGACCAUCAGGGAGCGGGCGACAGAGGAAGGAAAACUUGGCGAGCAGGCAUUGCGAAAGUUGGCGGGUGCGCUAAAAGCUGAUGCUGUACUAUCUAUCAGUCCAGAGGCAAGGUAUAUACAGGACCGUCGACCACGGAGAUUGAGACGAGAGCCAGUGAUGACCGAAGAAGCCAUGUUUGAGGAGACUAUGCGCAACUUGUUGCUCGACGAGCCAGGAUUCGAGCUUGGUCCUGUGGUGUCCUGUGAGAAGCAGUAUCGUAUGCCGGAUGAAGGACGUGUCAGAAGGCGCCAUGUCAAUAUGACUGUUCUUCCUGCCACUCAGAAACAGCCUGAGAGUGGCGGGGACCCAUCCAAGUACAAUCUGCUUCCGCCACCUCUGCGGAAACAGAAACCAGCAGCGGACGAUAUGGAUAUCGCUUUCGAGAUCUGA